AUGUACUUUACAAAUACCGUUGGUACCCUGCUCGCGGCUACCUUGGUAGCUUCGAAACCAAUUUACCAAAGAGGAGUUGAUUUUGCAUACGGGUCAACACCCGUUAGAGGAGUUAACAUAGGUGGUUGGCUUGUACUUGAACCAUGGAUUACACCGUCGAUCUUUCAAGCAGUUGAUCAAUCCUUGGGAAUAGUCGAUGAGUACACAUUGACACAGAAACUCGGCACAGAUGCAGCUCUAGCGAUCCUCAAACCUCAUUGGGAUUCAUGGUGUACUGCCGACGAUUUUCAAAACAUAGCCAACGCUGGCUUCAACACAGUCCGCAUCCCAAUAGGAUACUGGGCAUACGAACUCUCUGAAAAUGAACCUUAUACUCAAGGUGCAGCCCCAUACAUGGAUGCCGCCAUCGACUGGGCUCGUGGCGCCGGUCUAAAAGUUUGGAUCGACCUGCACGGAGCUCCUCUUUCUCAAAACGGAUUCGAUAACUCUGGACACAAGACUUCGUCGCCGGCGUUUGGACAGGGUGAUUCGGUUGCAAAAACUCUUUCUGUUCUAAACACUAUUACCGAAAAAUAUGCUCAGAAAGAGUAUCAAGAUGUAGUAGUUGGUAUUGAGUUACUCAACGAACCGGCAAACUGGGAUGUCAAUUUCGAUGUAUUGGAACAAUUUUACAGAGAUGGAUAUGGACAAGUCCGCGCUGUUUCCGAUAGUAUUGUGGUAAUCCAUGAUGCGUUCUUGGCACCAAGUAACUGGAACAACAUCCUGUCUUCAAAUGACAACAGUGCUUAUGGAGUCGUCGUCGACCACCAUGAAUACCAAGUUUUCAGCGACUCCCUCGUCGCCAUGUCCGCCGACGAACACAUCAACUACGUCUGCAGCAACGCCGGCGCCUACACAGGCGCCGACAAAUGGGUCGUUGUAGGUGAAUUCACCGCCGCCAUGACCGAUUGCGCCUUUGCGCUCAACGGCUACGGCGUCGGCUCCCGCUACGACGGCACAUAUCCCGGUUCCUCACAUGUCGGUUCCUGCGAGGACAAAUCGGAUAUUACGAAGUGGAGCGACGCGUUCAAAACGGAUAUGAAGAAUUAUUUGAGCGCGCAGUUGGCGAGUUAUGAGACGAAGGCGAAUGGAUGGAUUUUCUGGAACUUCAAGACCGAGGGUGCGCAUGAGUGGGAUGCGGCAAAGUUGGUGGAGUAUGGAAUUUUCCCGGAUUUGAGGGCGGGUACUCCGGCUGCGAUUUGUUCGUAG